AUGAGAUCAAAGCUCUCUUCUAAUGGGAACUUUUCCGUUCAUGAUUUGCAUGUCAUAAUUGAUUCUAAGCUUACUGUUCAUAUGCCUAAUUUGAUUGUUUGGUUAAGGUUGAGGAAAUGUAGCUUCUUUGAAUGGAAAGAUGAAGAACAGGCAGACGGGUACUACAAAAACCUGCUAUAUUCUCUGAAGCAAAAACUGGAUGCCAAAGAUGAAAUGUCUGAGAUGAACAAUUUGAGGAGAAGGAUUGUUGAAGUGGAGUUUUUGCUGUCACAGGAGCAGUAUAAGGUGGCAAAGAGUGAGAAAGAAGUUCAUGAUGCAAUGAAGUCAAUAGGCAGGUACAGGAUGAUAGUUGCCUUGUUGUUUGGUUGCUUGGUCCUAUGUGUUUUGAAGUUAGGGGGGUCAAUGUAG